AUGGUUCCCUUUAUUUUCAAGAUCAGUUUACUACUGCUGAUAAACCUUCAAGAAUCCGUCAAGGGUGCAAGUGUUGUCAGGCCCAGCCUCCACAAACGCCAAUUCGAUAUCAGUAGCCUUACGGGUUCGCUUGGCGGUGGUGGUAUACCUGGCUUCGGCGGCUCGGGUUCGGGCUCCGGGGGCGGCGGGCUUGGUGGCUUACCCUCUUUCGGUUCUGGAAGUGGUGGACUCGGUGGGCUAGGUUCCGGUUCCGCUGGUGGACUCGGCGGUUUUCCCGGGAUGAGCUCGGGCGGCGGGACUGGCGGACUCGGUGGUUUAUCCGCUAUGAGCUCCGCCGGCGGGAUUGGUGGGCUUGGCGGAACGACUUCCAGCUCUAGCCCAUCCGACGCCGACUUCGGUAAUAAUGGCAGCGCAUCCAUCACUGGCAAAAACAAAUCACGAGGCUCGGCCGGUGGAUGUCCAUCUUAUUACAUGAUUGGUGCUCGCGGAACCAGCGAGGGGCCAACUGGGUCUGUAGCCUAUAACGCCCUGUACCAGAAAGUCUUAUCAACCAUUCCUGGAGGGGCAAAACAAGAACUCCAGUACUCAACUUCAGCCGACUAUUCCGUCACUGUAACCCAAGGUGCUCAGACUGAAGUUAAAUUGAUAACUGGAGAGAUCUCCAAGUGUCCGGAAACGGUCUUUGUUUUGCUUGGUUACUCGAAAGGAGCUAUGGUUCAGACACAAACUUUGAACAACAAGGAUAUCCCCCAAGACAAAAUUGCGGCCGUCGUUCUUUUUGGAAACCCUUACUUCAGAGCUGGUGCUUCUCAAAACAAAUGUGGCGCAACCGCUGGUAUGGGGAUUGCGGCCAUGGCGGGUGCCAAAAUGCCAGAGCAGUUGACCGAUAGGGUCUAUGACUGUUGCGCCGCUGGCGAUCAAAUUUGUACCUCCACGGGGAGCAUGAUGGGCCAUCUCACAUAUGCUGGCCAACACGAAAAUGACGCAACAGAAUUUGUGAUUCAGAAGUUAAAGGCAAAGCUUGCUGGUUCAACUACUGCAAAAUACAAGAGCUCUUGA